GGCAACUUCCAUUCGUAGUCAACUUCCAUUGCGGCUGCCUUUCAAGGGAUUUCGCCUUAUCUUUUGCUUAGUCAAGCGGGGUCGUCGAUAAGGUUGGCAUGGACCUGGUCCGCGCUCCUCCAUCCUUGUUUGUACCUUGUAUCUAGGUACCCAUCAACCUCGUCCUCCCCAUGUUCAUCAUUGUCAUCUUUUGAGGUAAUUUCAACCCAAACUUAUUGAAUAAUCGGCAUGUCGCUGGCAACCGAGAGAGAAUUAUUGAUCACUUCAUGUGUAUUGCAUUAGAUAUCCAACAAAGAGUUGAGCUGCGUUGACCAAAACACUUCAAUUUCAAAAAGCCCAUCGUCACCUGGGAUACUUACACGGCCGCAAUCCCACCAUCUCUUUCUGCCAUCAAACCCGGCUCAAAGAACCAGAGAUAUCUUUCUUCUUUCAUUGCUCGCAUAUCUCAUAGCCAUGGAGAAUCAAGAUCAAGGGCCGUGGGACGUCUCCGAGGACUCCUGCCACGUUGCCCUCACCUACCAUCUCCUCGACGCUUCAGCCAUCAUGAACCGAGUCCGCUCACCACAAGCUGGCGCCAUCGUCCUCUUCUCCGGCACAACACGCGACACCUUCGGCGACAAGCCCGUCAAAGAGCUGCAGUACAGCGCCUACACGCCGCUCGCCCUCCGUACCAUGAUGUCCAUCGCCAAGGCCAUCGUCGAGAAGCACGGCUUGAAGGGCUUCGCCAUGAUCCACCGCUUGGGAACAGUCCCCAUCGGCGAAGAGAGCAUCUUGAUUGCGGUAUCAUCACCGCAUAGACAGGCAGCUUGGAGAGCUGGUGAGGAAGCUUUGGAGGAGUGCAAGGCCAAGGUCGAGGUAUGGAAGCGUGAGGAGUUCCACGGCGAAGAGGGCGUAUGGAGGGCGAAUCGAGAUGGUAUUGCUGGGCAGAAAGAGACUGUUGGGGAUCAAAGCCAUCCAGAAAGCUCUAGUCCAACCCAAACAUGAAUUUUCAAAUAUUCAAAGACGAUUUUCUUAAGAA